AUGGCGCGACGCAGGGACGUCCGCCGACUCAUCGACCGGUAUUGGCAGAGCAGCAGAGCAGAGGACGAAGGUAGCGUAGAUUGGAUACGUCGUCUCGCGCACACAGCCAUAGACCGCCAGCUUGCGGCAGGCAUACAUGAUGAGCUGCAACCCUGGACUGCCCUCUUCAUGCGUAACGGCAGACUACGCGAUGCACUCGCCCUCGUCCACCACUACUUUGCGACGGCUCAGCUACAUCGCUUACCCAUGCGGCGCCGUCUCCCAGCGAAUUACACGCGCGACAGCUUCAGAACCGUCCUUCUCCUCAUAUACCUAGAGACCGCAGUCAAUGGUGGAAUCGCCGCUGCGAUCCCGCUGCUACGCGGCCUGCCCUUGGCCGGCGAGCGCACAUCAUGCUACCUAUCACGCGAUGCCGCUGCGCGCGGCUUCUUCGAGCGCGGAGGCAUCGUCACAACUCCCGAAAUCGUCGACCAGACGUUACGGCUCUUACGGCCCGCCGAACUGGCCCUCGCACUCAGCAGAGAUGCCGAAGAGGUGGGCUCCGAGCCCCUCGCCAAGCUCAUGGGAAAUCUCCUAGCAAGACCAGAGAGCGAACAGGAUGCCACUCUGCCAGACUUACCCGCUGAGCUCUGCCGCGAGAUCAUCAACGCCUCCGACCCAAAGAAGAAUGCCGCAGCAUGGUUGUGGGUGGACGGACUUGAUAAACCUCCUGGCUGGGAGGCUCCGAUCUCCGUCACCCCGCCUCGUCCCGAUAUUGGCGAAUCGACGUGGUCCGUACUUCUGCGCGGCUUCAUCACAACCGGCAGGCAAGAGCUCGCCGCCCAAGUGUGGGCACACAUCAAUACCCUCGGCAUCAAGCCCUCGGCACAGCUGUGGAACUCGCUCCUUGCGGGCUACUCGGCCGCGGGUCGCUGGGAGUCGAUGAUGCAGACUUGGCAGCAGCUCAACCAGCAGCGAGACAGCCCCGUCGAUGUCUACUGCUACACGACGGUCAUCAAUGGCUUCUUCAGGCAGGGCAACAUCGAGGUGGGCAUGUCCAUGUUCGAAGAGCUGAGAACGCGAGCUGCCAAGGAGCCGCACCGCUUCAGGGUAACGGCAGAGACGUACAACUCCGUGAUCCAGGGAUUGAACCGCGCACGCUAUUACCAUUACGGAGAGCACAUCCUCGGCCUCAUGAAGUCGUCGGAGCGACAUGCAUCCGUGCCUGCUCCUACCACGUCAACGUGGAACACGAUGCUGCGGUCUCAUGCGCGCAAGGGCGACAUGGAUGCGCUGAGAGCCACGCUGGCCGAGGCAAGCACUUACUCUUUCACGCCAGACAUCGUCACCUUUGUCACCGUCCUCGAUGCAAUGGCAAGGCAAGGCGGCGCGUCCUCUGAUGCCGUGCGCAUCGUGCGUGGCCUGAUGGACUCGCGGGGCGUCAGACUCAACACAGUGGGAUGGACGGCUCUGAUCAAGGGCGCGCUGCGUUGCAACCUCGAAGACGAGGUGCAAGGCAGAGGAGACGAAGCCGUCGAGUACGGGGGAGAGGACAUGGAGCAACGCAGUAUGCCCCUCGCCAUCCGUGUUCGGCAAGUCGUGUCGGGCAUGGGCAUGCUCAACGAGAUGGUCGCAAGCGGCAUCGAGCCCAAUAGCAUCACGAUCACCAGUCUGAUACACGCCGCCUUCCGACUUCAAGCGCACGUCGACCUUGUCCAGCCUGGCCACGACGAUCUCAGCUCUCUUGCUCGUCAGCUCUUGGGUGCGCCAGAGUGCAAGGAUACAAUGCGGCAUCUCGUUCCCAUUUCAGAUCUCAAGGAGACGUCAGAGGCCCUGCAGAACGUGACUGCACAACGACCAGGCGCAGCUCUUGCGAUGGCGCUCUUGCAGCGCAUGCAAGAUCCCAUCACCUACGCUGCGCAGACGACGGCAACAGCGAUGGCUGGUGCGGGGACGUCGAACUUGGUUUCGACGAGACGGCGAGCUCCGGACUCGGGCUUUGGCUUUGCAUUGCAGGGUCGCAAAACUUUUCACGUCGUCCUAGCAGGAUUGCUCGGGCCCAACAACGGCACGGGCAGCAGUCUCGUCUGGCGUACGACUCUGGUGCGCGGUAUGAUGCACCUCGACGCCCUGACUCUACCCAGAGGUGGGGCGCAAACCUCUCUGACACCGCUGGUCAACACCUCGCCUUCCUCUUCGAUGACACCUCGUACCCCGACAUCAGGGAACGACGUCUCGUAUCGCGUUGUUCUCCUCGCGCUGCUGCGCCGCCUUGCCGCCUCGCAGGAAGAGGCCGGGUCGGGCGUCAAUCGCACCGAGCAGAGAUUAGUACUCGCGGUUCUCGAUCAGGUGAUGCAGAGGUUGGAGCAUGCAGCGGCGAACGCUGCUGAGCCGGAUGGUGAGGGUCGGUUCAUCGUGAGUAACGCUCUCGGUGUCAUUCUGAAACGAGUGAGGGAUGAGAUGCGCGCUGCAGGAUAUCGAGCUCCAGCGAGGGGAGCCAACAAGGACGGAGGAGAAGCGCGGUGA